GCAUCUCAUCCGCCCAUCCCCUCCUGCCAGCUGCCACUUGCAGUAGUGAUGCUGCUCCCUGGUGUGUAGAGGAGGAGAGAGAGCAUGUCCGCUGCCCAAUGACAGGGCAGGAUGCUGAGAGAGGCUGCUCGGGUGAAUGGAGGCGACACGAUGCCGUCUAAAGCGGUGAAGGGAAGAAAAUAACAUCGAUCAAGAUCUGAUUUUGAUGUGCUGCACCAGUUAGGACAUGAAAUAAGUCACCCAUGUGCGGUACAAAGGGUCAGGACAGUCUCCUUUCACUAAGCUCCCGUUAAGGACCCUCUGGUGGCUACGCCGCUGAUUCACAGGACAUGUACAGCAGUGCCAGAGCUGUAGGCCAUAUAGAGAGCAGCCCCGCACGGUCCCCGCGCCUGCCAAGGUCCCCCAGACUGGGCCAUCGGAGGGCCAACGUUGGGGGCGGGGGUGGUGGGGGGGGAAAGACGCUCUCCAUGGAGAACAUCCAGUCACUCAAUGCUGCCUACGCUACUUCUGGUCCCAUGUAUCUGAGUGAUCAUGAAGGCGUGGGCUCCACUGCCACCUACCCAAAAAGCACUAUGACUCUGGGUCGCGCCACCAACCGGGCCAUGUAUGGGGGCCGCGUCACAGCCAUGGGCAGCAGCCCCAAUAUUGCUUCAGUGGGGCUGCCCCAUGGUGACCUUCUGUCUUACAGUGACCUAGGCUCCCUCUCCAUGCUGCACCACCACCACCACCACCAGGGUGUGCCCUCCGCACUGCUGAGGCAGGCGGUGCGGGGCAGUGGGGGGGAGCUGCUGGAGAUGCAGGUCCAGCUCAGGGAUAUGCAGAGGGAGAAUGAGCUGCUGCGUCGGGAGCUUGACUUGAAGGACAGCAAGUUGGGAUCUUCCACAAACAGCAUCAAGAGCUUCUGGAGUCCUGAGCUGAAAAAGGAGAGGAUAAUGAGGAAAGAAGAGGCGGCUCGCACAUCAAUCCUUAAAGAGCAGAUGAGAGUCACUCAUGAGGAGAAUCAGCAUCUCCAGAUGACCAUCCAGGCUCUGCAGGACGAGCUGCGAACACAGCGAGACCUAAACCACCUGCUGCAGCAGGAGGGCGGCAACCGCUCCGUUUCGGACCACUUCACCACUAUCGAGCUGACGGAGGAGAACUUCCGUCGGCUGCAGGCUGAACACGACAGGCAGGCCAAGGAGCUCUUCUUGCUGAGAAAGACCCUUGAGGAGAUGGAGUUGAGGAUCGAGACCCAGAAACAGACACUCGGUGCCAGGGAUGAGUCCAUUAAGAAGCUGCUGGAAAUGCUGCAGAGUAAAGGGCUGCCACCGGGGUCAGGCAGGGUGCAUGAGGAAGAGGAGCAGGAGAGAGCCAGGCGCAUUGCUGAGGCAGAGGCCCAGCUUGGACACCUGGAGGUCAUUCUGGAUCAAAAGGAGAAGGAGAACAUCCACCUGCGAGAGGAGCUGCACAGAAGAAAUCAGCUGCACCAGGAUCCAAGCAAAACUAAGGCCCUGCAGACUAUCAUAGAAAUGAAAGACACCAAAAUUGCCUCUCUGGAGCGCAACAUUCGGGAUCUGGAGGAUGAGAUCCAAAUGCUGAAGGCGAACGGCUUACUGAACACAGAGGACAGAGAGGAGGAAAUCAAACAGAUGGAGGUCUAUAAGAACCACUCUAAGUUUAUGAAGAACAAGAUUGACCAGCUGAAGCAGGAGUUGUCAAAGAAGGAGUCAGAGCUUCUGGCUCUGCAGACAAAACUAGAAACCCUCAACAACCAGAACUCAGACUGCAAACAGCAUAUCGAGGUGCUCAAAGAGUCUCUUACUGCCAAGGAGCAACGUGCUGCCAUCCUGCAAACAGAGGUGGAUGCUCUACGUCUGCGACUGGAGGAGAAAGAAUCCUUCCUAAACAAGAAAACCAAGCAGCUGCAGGACUUGACGGAAGAGAAGGGCACUCUCGCAGGAGAAAUCAGGGACAUGAAGGACAUGCUUGAGGUUAAAGAAAGGAAGAUCAAUGUCCUGCAAAAGAAGAUUGAGAACCUGCAGGAGCAGCUGCGGGACAAGGACAAGCAACUUGGGAACCUGAAAGACAGGGUUAAGUCUCUGCAGACAGACUCCAGUAACACAGACACUGCCCUGGCCACCCUGGAGGAGGCUCUGUCAGAGAAGGAGAGGAUAAUAGAGCGUUUAAAGGACCAAAGGGAGAGGGAAGACAGAGAACGUCUGGAAGAAGUAGAGUCCUAUAAGAAGGAUAACAAGGAUUUGAAGGAGAAGGUCAACAGCCUGCAGAUAGAAUUAACAGAGAAAGAGUCCAGUCUCAUCGAUUUAAAAGAACAUGCUUCAUCCCUGGCAUCCUCUGGCCUCAAGAAGGAUUCAAAGCUCAAGUCACUGGAGAUCGCCAUUGAGCAGAAAAAAGAGGAGUGUAGUAAGUUGGAGACGCAGUUGCAGAAGAAAGCCCAUGAGGUGGAGCUGCAGUCCGGCCCCAGAGGGAACCCGGAGUACGUGGACCGAGUGAAGCUGCUGGAGAAGGAGGUGACCUACUACAAGGACGAGGCCAACAAGGCUCAGACGGAGGUGGAGAGACUCCUGGACAUUCUGCGAGAGGUGGAGACUGAAAAGAAUGACAAGGACAAGAAGAUCGCUGAGUUGGAAAGCCCCCCUCAAUCUGCCCCUCGCCCCACCCCUCGUCCCGGUGGCAGAGCCCCCCCUGACCCACUCCCUUCUGUUUCCACUGCCCCCCAACAGAUAGGGGGCAUGGUGUGGGAUUUCCUGGGAAAGAUCCACCUGUGUCAGGCUGCAGAGCAGCGGCUGUCACAGGCGCCUCUGUUAUCUCCCAUGUUGUUUGUCGAUGAACACACUGUGAUCUCCUCUGGGUCGUCUGUAUUGUUUUUGUGGUUGCUUCUUUAUUUGGUUCUAAUGUCUCUUUUUUGUUUUACUUUUUCCUUUGUGUGCUCUUGUCUGCUGCUUCCAAUGUCUCCUUCACUUGUCCUGUCAUCCCCUUCUCUUCUAUCUCUUCCUCUCCCCAUCUGCAGUUUAGCUCCCAGACAAGGAGGCAAAGACCUGACUAAGAAGGGUCCAAAUAUCAAACUGGGACCACAAGGGGACAAGAAAGGCUUAGGACAAGACCCUCGUAAGGACAGCUCCAUGGACAGUGGCCACCAUGUAAAGUUGGAAGAGCUGAUGAACACGCUGGAAAGGACAAGGCAGGAGCUGGAUUCAACCAAGCAGCGUCUCUCCUCAACACAGCAGUCGCUGCAGGAGAGGGACGGCCACCUCACCAACAUGAGACAGGAGCGCAGGAAACAGCUGGAGGAGAUACUGGAGAUGAAGCAACAAGCUCUGCUGGCAGCCAUCAGUGAGAAAGAUGCUAAUAUUGCACUGCUGGAACUCUCGGCCUCCAAUAAAAAGAAGACCCAGGAGGAGGUGCUGGCCCUCAAAAGGGAGCGGGACAAACUGAUGCACCAGCUCAAACAACAUACACAAAGCAGAAUGAAGCUGAUAGCCGACAACUAUGAAGAUGAGCAAUAUCAUCCACACGGUCCUCACCACCCCCACCAUCAUCGUGGCGGGCCGGCCCGAGGACCCCCACAUGCUGGUCACCGCCCUGCACAGGACCAGGAUGACGACGAGGGCAUUUGGGCAUGAUAUUUGCUGCAACAACCAAAGCUCUUAUAUUGUUUUGAGGGAAGAUUCAGUCACUACAGGAGGAGCACAGCCAUGCCAUAAUGUUGAAACACUACAGUACCCGGACAAACAUGUAUUACCUCCACUCAAUCAACACUCAGCAAUGGGACCUUUUGUUUAUUUUCCGGGGGAAGGGAGGAGGCACUCAGGUGUCCAGGCCAUGCGGGGAGACUGACAGCUGAGCAGGAUCACAGAUAGAGGACUGAAUUGGAAGGAAUGGGACAGAUGUUGAUGCCGAUGGGGAGACAUGUAUCAAAUUCUUGCUUGGACAGGGCAUGCGAUCAACAAGGCAGCCCUGCAUCAGAGCUCUCACACAGGUCACUUCACCUGUCUGUCACCAGCUCAACACUGAACCUCUUCAAGCCAACAAUGCCCUCAUGAUCCUCCAAGCAGUGAUCUCCCUUCAGUCUGCCAGCCCAGUAUUUGUUCCUCAUCCUUCUUCCUGUAAUUGAUUCAAGAUCAUGGUUGUCUUGCUGAAUGUCUCACCUGCCUGACUGACUCCUCUGGCUGUGGUUCCCCCCCCCCCCCCCCCCCAUCUGACCCCUCUACCUGGCUAUAAUGACCCUCAUGACUCAUUGUCCUUCUGUAGUCAUAAUCUUAAUCAUCUGAUCAUUUUGAUGAGGUAUUUUAUCCUUUGUGGCACACAUGGACCUCUUUUUUACCUUUAUACAUGCCCCCAAACAACAUCUAUUUCUAAAGAGGCUUAUGCUCUGCAUUUCUAAAAGUGAUGUAGUGUCCCUUCACUUGCUUUUUCCACACACCAGAUUUGAGUAUUUUUUUUUUGUAAUUUCUUAUUGGUAAAAGGAAGAGUUUAGAGCUGACUGAUAGUACGCCUUUAGCUCUGCCUGCAGGAUCAGGGGUUUCCUUGGCUGCACGAGCAGGGCCAUCCAGUUCUUGCGCUUGUUUUAGCCUCAAGGCUGUGGGUGCCAUCCAUGUUUCUCUUCAUGUUACCUCAUUUUAAUCAGAAGUAGUCAAAAAAAAAAAACAAUCUAUGCAGAUGUCAAUUCAGAGUGAAUGCAUUUUUAUUUACCCAUCCUCACUCAGAUUUAUCAGUCAAAGUGUAAUUAACCAUCCAAUCAGGGUGGCCAAGAGAGUGGUCAGAAACAAUUAAUCAGUCAGAUUAUUUUGAGUUUCUGAGACUAUGCACCUCCUCCAUGUUGCAGGAUUUUUUACUAAUGGUGCUUCUGCUGGUGCUCAAACUAAAUGGUGUCAGAAGACCUGUUCAAGAGCAUCUUUUAGUCCUUUUACAGUCAAGGAGCUUGAUCCCACAAUGGGCUUCACAAACCAUCUCGUAAAGACUGCUUUGUACAUACAAUUUGACCUUGGGGUGCUUUGUGAUCAACAAUCACUUCAACACCCACGCAGAGGUGAUCUCCCUCUAGGAAUACUGCUACUAUAAAUACAUUAUAGACUAUGAAGUGGAGGAUGUUCAAUAGAUAUUUUCCUGCUGGUCUAUUUGUACCAGACACCCCAGUCUCUGACCUACAGUAUGCUCCUGCUCCCCUCUCCCUUGUAAUUCUCCUCUUCCAGCAGUAGUCUGUGUGACCUCCUCAAUCAUAGUGACUUGUUUUCUCCUUCUCAACAAGGUGGCUUGUGCCUCGUAAAAACUGUACACAUAUAUUAUAGAUAUACAUAUAUUAUACAUAUAGAGAGAAAUCUAUAGUGUGUCUAUAUGUGGUCAGAAAAUCGUUUCAAACUGACAAGAUAAUAUAUGAUUUUUUUUCUUCAUGGUUAUUUUUCUAACUGGCUGGACGUCAGAGAUAUGUCUUAUUUAGAGUGUUGAGUGGUGUUAUUUUCCUCUGAUUUGUACAUUGUGAGAAAACCCCUCAGCAGAAAGUAACAUUCCCUGUCUGAAAACACAGGACAGCCCAAAAAGAAAGAAAAUAUAUAUAUAUAUAAGAGCUUUAGAGCAGUUUAUGGGAAAUAGAGAAGAAUAUCCAAAUCUAUCUAGAAGUCUAGAAAAGAAGACAUUAUUACAUUCCUUUCUUCAAUGUGAAAACCUUUAGUUGAACACCACUUGGCUUGUGGUAACAACUUUGAACAAAAAAGACUGAACUUUGCAGCUCACAUAAGUAGCAGUGAGAUUAUGUCUGCUGCACUCAGCAGUCAGAAACUUGCACUUGUGAGUGAGGACUAUCACGUUUAACAUCCAAGUGGAGGUUUAAGUGACUCUGUCAGGAUGCAUUUCUUUCGCGUGUUUGUCGUCGUUGUCGUUUGUAAACAGAUGUGGUAACAUAUGUGACCGUGACGGCUGAUUAAGUAGAAAAACCAACACACAUUGGUGCAGUAUAGUGGAAAAUUAAAUUAGACUGUUACAAUCCCCUACUUCCUCUCCCUCCCCUCAUGGUGCUUGUGUGUCUUCCUUAUAUGGCCAAUUGUUGAUCGUUGUAUAUAAAUGUCUUUCCAUCUACCCAUCGAUCCACAAACAGAGGUGAUCCAUGCAUAGCCUUUUAUGUGUCCGCUUCACAUAUGAACCUCUACAGUUCCUGUAACUGACCAAGAAUUAAGUGAUUGUGUGAAGCUUUUGUGUUAGUGUUUACAAAUGUUACGAGAAAGGUCCUGAUUUAGAUUUUAGGGGAAAAAAGGGAAGACAAUGCAAACAGACAGAGGAGCAAAAAUCCUCUCACUUCACCAUCAGGGGGGCGGAGUAUGAAUCCUCCAUUUUCAGGUCCUUAUCUACUGAAUACUUGAAGUAGGGGGUUCUCCUACCAUGGAAUACCAUAUACGAAUUACAUGGUAGAAAACACAAACCAUUUCAAUUGUGCCCAUGCAUGCUGAUUUUUACAUAAUGUGCCAACUGGAAGCGAUGAUAUAAGGAUAAUCUCCUGUUCUCUAUGCAGAGUGAUUGCUUAACUGUUGUGUCAGAAAAUAAGGUUUAGAAGACACAAAGGUUUAGAAGCUGGGGCUGGUUUCCUGGGCUUAGACGAAAGACAAAUCCUGGUUGUGAAUGACUGACUUCACAUUCAGUGUGAGGUGGAGUCAAGAAGUCAAGUCUGCAUCUGUACCUAGAAGCAGCCGUUUAGAGAGACUUGAAUUGAAAGGCCUAUAGGUCCACAAAUAAUUCUCAAAGGCCUUCAUGAAAAAGGUCUGAAAAGCCUAACAUACAUUUUCACUUUAUUCUUGUAUACGGGUUGUUUUUCUUUUGCUGUAUGUUGCUGAAAACUUUGGAUUAAACAAAUCACUGUGACCAAUGCCAGAAACAUUUUUGUUUUGACAGAACAAAUAUUGUUUACUUUUUUUAUUCUUCAUUUUUGUAUUUAAGUUAGCUUUAUUUUUUCUAUUGUUUCAUCUUAUGGAAUAUGCCAGUUUGAGACUGUACUAUUUGUAUAAGUAAAUGUUUUGAACUGUACAGUAAAGACCUAGGAACAAGUUCAAUGUGAGUGUCCAGCAUGCUGAAUGAUUACUUGUGUGAACGUGAGCUUAUCUUCCAUGAAGCAUCAUUCCUCUUCAUUACUUCCAUCUGCAUCGUGCAUUGUGACGGUGUGAUGUUGUGUUUGAGAGUGAUGUGCGUCUCACUUACUGUGUCCCCCCUAGUAGACAGCCUGUGCAGUUUUGUGAGAGUGCAGCAUGUUUUCGGGGUUGCUUGUGUAAAUUUAUUCAGAAGAGAGAGAGAGAGAGAGAGAGAGAGAGAGUGUGUGUGUGUGUGUUUUUGUGUGUGUGUGUGUGUGUGUGUGUGUGUGUGUUUGUGUGUGUGUGUGUGUAGCUGCUUUAGCUGCUUUAAUGGGGUUGCUUAUGUGUGGAUGUGUGUGAAUGCAAAUGAGAAAUAUCUAUUUAAAAGAACUUUAUCAAAGGAAGUCCCUAGAUGAAAAAAAGCGAGAUUGCCUCAGUUGAAGUAUUGAAUGAAGCAUGGAUACUCUGUGAUGUUUUUUGUUUUUUAAACAUAGGAGGCUGUCCUCAGUGCCCCGGUUUGCUAUUGUAUGUGCUGUAUCAGAAUAUUACUAUUGAGUGUUGGCCAGCUUGUUUAUAUCCAUCAAAUAAAGGUGACUUUCUUUCUGUC